AUGGACGCCACGAAAGAGACAGCCCAUGAUAGCCCGAUGGCUGAAAGCACCUCUUCCGUUGAGGAUGCAUCACCAAGUCCAAUCCCAGAUGGCGGCUUGAUUGCCUGGCUGCAGGUCGUCGGCUCAUUUUGUCUCUACUUUUGCACCUGGGCAAGCUUUGGAAGCUUUCAGACCAUUUAUGAGCGUGACCAGCUUUCUUCACAUACACCAUUCCAAAUAUCCAUCAUUGGUUCCCUACAGACCUUUUUGAUGGUAUUUUCAGGCUUCAUCGUCGGUCCCAUCUACGACUCUGGCUUUUUUCGACAUUUGCUUGCCGUUGGAUCUAGCUUUAUUGUCAUUGGGACUGUACUACAAAGCAUAAGCACCAAGUACUGGCAAUAUCUUCUCACUCAAGGGCUGAUGAUUGGUAUUGGAGCUGGUUGCCUAUCAAUUCUGAGUGUCGCUGUGACUUCAUUAUGGUUCACUACAAGAUUGCCUCUUGUAAACGGACUCGCAGCUUGUGGUAGUGGUCUUGGUGGCGUACUACUGCCGAUAAUGAUUCGGGAGCUGAACGAACAAACAAGUUUACAAUGGGCGACGCGAGCCAUGGCUCUACUGCUGUUGGUUCUACUAGCUUUCUCCAACCUUGUCCUUCGACCUGGCCCGAACUCUAGUAGACCAUCACAACGCAGACAGCUUCUUGACAAGACGGCGUUUACAGACCGACCUUAUAUACUUUUCGUGCUCGGCUGCUUCUCAGUCUUCUUAGGAAUGUACACGCCCUUCGUUUAUGUCCAAAGCUACGCUCUCGACAACAACAUUGCUUCAUCUGAUCUCGCUGGAAACCUGUUGGCUAUUCUCAACAGCAGUUCAAUAUUUGGACGCAUUGUUCCUGCUUUCCUCGCUCAGAGGCUUGGUCCAAUGAACACAAUUAUUUGUGCGGCAGUGUUACUCGCCACCACAAGUCUGUGCCUAAUCUCUGCAACCACAACGGCGCGACUGCUUGUUACGGUCAUAAGUCAAGGUUUCUUUACGGGUUCCUUUUUCGCGCUUCAGCCGACCAUCUUUGUUAGACUGGCAAGUGAUCCGCGAAGAAUUGGGACAAGAUUUGGAAUGGCGUUUUCGGUUAUGUCGGUUGCGCUUUUGUUUGGUCCCCCUGUUGGCGGAGCAUUGAGGAAGAGCAUGGGGUAUACAGCCUCGUGGGUUUGGGCAGGGUUGACUAUUUUCAUGGGUGCUAUGUUGAUACUAUGCAGUAGGCUUCUAAAGGAUAGAAAGUCCUUGAUAGUAUAA